AUGAAGAACUCCAUCAUCUCUCUCGUAUUGUGUACUACGAGUGCGCUUGCAUCAGCACCCUCUACCAGUGGAACAAUAUGGACAAAGACACUCUUCCUCGACGACUUUACCGGCGGCUCUGGUUCAGCUCCCUCAAGCUCCAACUGGAUCAUGCAAACCGGGACUGCAUACCCUGGUGGUCCAGCCCAAUGGGGUACCUCCGAAGUCGAGACCUACACCAAGAGUGGCACCAACRUACGUCAAGGCGGAAACGGAAAUCUUAUCAUUACCCCUGUCAAGUCCAGCAGCGGCCAGUGGACUUCAGCUCGCAUCGAGACUGUCAGGAACGACUUUACGCCUCCUGCGGGAGGUAAGCUGAGGAUCGAGAGUCGUAUCAAACUUCCCAAUGUCACUGGGACGAAUGGUCUAGGAUACUGGCCUGCUUUCUGGGCUAUAGGAGGUGACUUUCGAUCCAAUCGAUCGAAUUGGCCUGCAGUGGGGGAGAUYGAUAUCAUGGAGAAUGUCAAUGGUGGAAGCAGCGUCUACAAUGUCGUACACUGCGACGUCAAUCCCGGUGGAGCAUGCAAUGAACCCUCCGGCUUGGGAUCUUCCUCUACCUGUACCGGCAGCGCCUGUGCAGGGAACUUCCACAUCUAUGAAGUUGUCAUCGAUCGAACUACCACCCCUGAGCAAAUGAAGUUUUGGUUGGACCGUCAACUCGUGCGGACUCUCACCGCGAACCAAAUGGGAACCGCGGUCUGGGCAAAGACCGUUCAGAAGGGAUUCUAUCUAGUGCUCAACGUUGCGAUGGGAGGAGCCUUCCCCGAUGCGAUCGCUGGAAUCAAGACACCUACCUCUGCGACUAUCAGUGGACAGACGAUGGAGAUUGACUAUGUUGGUGUGUGGGCUACCAAAUGA